AUGCCCUCAAAGCGCAAGCAAGACACUCUCGUUGAAUAUCGCUGUCAGUCACACCGAUGUCAUGGAGGGUGCAACAGGUAUAGCUUACAAACUGAGCAGGUGACUCACCUGCACAAGCUCCAGGAUGAGGCUAUGGGUCUGUCAAGUGCAGAGACCACUGCUGAUCCUCAGGUACUCACUGCUAAACCACAAGGUCAGCCUCCAGUACAAGGCAUUGAGGCAACUGGAGGGAAUUGGGAGUUACAGGAUGAGGAGGACUAUGCUCAGAACGAAAAGACCUGGACACUUGAGGAUCCGGAGGAUGGCACACAUUCUUGUGAUCCAGACAAUGUUGGUGGCUACUCAAGCAACGAGAACGUCGGCAUACUCAUGCAAACAUCCGAAAUUCCUGCAGUGACUGAGGAGGGCCUUGACAACAACAGCAAUGAUGGUCACAAGCUACCCGCUGACAAUGUUCCAGACAAUUUGCCGGCCCAUGAGCAAUUAUAUCAAGCGCUCAAGGACUUUGACUUCUCCAACAUCAAAGACCUCAAACUUCCCAACCACAAUCAGCGGCCUGAAGUGUUCAAUAACCACACUUACAUUUGGAACUUGUACCUCAAGGCCUUCAUUAGUGUGGCCCUACAUGGCAACACACUGCAGAGUGUUCACUUCCAGCUCAACUGCAAGAAGUGUCUCUUUGAGGUGAUGUGUUGCGAUAUUCCCAGUCUUGAAUUACCUGGCCUUGAUGGCUCUGCAUGCACCAUGCCGACGGUGCUCAAGAGCUUAGGUCGAUUGAACCUCAACUUUAUUGUUUACCUCUUUGUAUGUCUGGUGUGCUGGGCUACCCACUAUUCCAACAAGCUCUCUGCCCUUGAUUUGCCCAAAUGCCUCAGCAAAGACUGUCCUGGACUACUUCACAGCGUCAAAAAGCUUGCCAAUGGUUCCGUCAAGUGUACACCCAGCCUGGUAGUGCCGUAUGUCCCCCUCGAGUGUGUGCUGCAGUACGUUUUGCUGCAUCCCGGCAAGUGGGACCAGCUGCAACAGUGGAGGAGGCCCGGCAAUAAACCAGGUUGCAAUCCACCACUCAAAGCCACCGGAUACAACACGUUUGAUGAUUCAAUAACACCAAUGAUGGAACGUAUAUGA